AUGACAGCUGCAGUUGCUCCCGACGAUAAGCUGGCUGGUGUGGUGCCAGAGGCAACGUUUUUAGCGACCCCAAAGGGCGACGGGACAACGGCGACCUCCACCGCUAGGCGGCGCGAUAGUUUUCAACGCCUCUCCGCCGUGCCAGUCGCUCCCCCCACCUCCACGACGGACGAGGGGAAGCACGGACACCAUCACCACCAAGCGCUGCCGUGCUGCUUGAUUCUCUACGUGUGUGUUGUGGCCAUCCUCUGUGGUUUUUUGGUUUCAGGGUGUCAUAAAGCCUUUGUCUACUCUGGAUGCCUUUUGGGUAUCAAUGGUUGCAACAGUUUGAACGGUUACAAAUACGAAAAGAUGGGCUACAUCCUCAUCAAGGCCUUUCCGGAGGUGCCUGAGGAGAUCUUGUACAUCAGCUCCUCUGUGGUAGGUGCCGCGUUGUGUGGCCUGAUCAUUAUUUGCCUGCCACAUCAUCUGCGACAGCAAGUGAAAGGCGGUGGCACCUGUCAGUCCCUGGUAGCGGUCGCGACGGGCGUGGGCGUGCCCUUGCGUGCUGCGAUUCUGCGCAUGAGCCUCGCGGUGCUGUUUCUCAUGUCUGGUGGCUCACUGGGGGCCGAAGGCCCAUCCAUCCAAGUUUGCACUUCCUUUGCCAUGUUGGCUGGAUGGUACAGUGGCAUCCGGGCUGCCGUCACGCAGUCACUCCUUGCCUCCCUGGGUUUCUCCUGCGGCUUCGCUGCCUCCUUCAACGCACCAUUGGCAGGAAUCACCUUCGCACUGGAGGAGCUUCAGCAUGUCUCCACGCGUUUGACGCAAGCGACGAUUUACAUGAUUAUGGUUGCCGCCGCUUUGUCAACUGCCGUCGCGCGAGCCACUGCUGGGAACUAUCAGCUGUUUCAACCCACCUGGGCGGAGGACAUUCUGCAGAGCAUUGAGGGAGGAUCCGUCGACAAGAUCUUAGGCAAGAAGAUGUGGAUGUUAAUUGCUAUACCCAUCGCCGUUGCGUGCUCGCUCUGUGGCUUUGUCAUCUCAAAGAGCACCAGUGUUCUCCACCGACUGGUCCAGAAGUAUCGCCCGUUGGCGCCACUGCCGGUGGCCUUUGCUUUACAGGCCCUCAUCACAGCAUCCUUUGGCGCCCUGGUCUUCCGUACCACCGGCCUGCGGGGCGUCUGGGGCAUUGGCGCCGAAAGUUUGCAGAUCGCCAUGACCAAGACCGUACCCUUGGGACAUUUGCUUCUCUUUGCCAUUGGGAAGGGUUUGGCCUUGAUCUUGGGGAUGGCAGUCCGCUGCCCUGCGGAUAUGUUGGAACCGGUGCUGAUCACCGGCGGCUUCCUGGGUGGCGCCAUAGGUAGUUUGCUUCCUCAAGAUGAUACUGAGUUGCUGCAAGGCGGCACCGUGAUGCCCUGCAUCAUCUUCGGCAUGGUGGGCCUGUUCGCCAGUUGUUUCAGGUUUUCCUUGACACCCAUCGUGAUUGUUCUGGAGAUUGUCGGCACCGAAAGUUAUUCGCUGAUUCUUCCUGCCGUACUUUGCGGUUUUACCGCCUCCACCUGUUCUGACCAUCUCUUUCCGGCGUUGCUGGAAGAUAUUUUGGAACAAGAUGGCAUCAACCUUCAGGAGCUGGCGGAACAAGCGGAAGAGACUUUCGAGGCCGAUGACGCCGCGCGGGAACGAGAAGAGUCCGAAGAGGAAAGUGUUGAAACGAAUGGACGGUCGAUGAAUCGUCACGGUACCAGCAAGUCGCACAAAUCCAGACACAGCGGCAGCGCGCCCAGCGAGGGCUCCGAUAGGGCCAUGUCCCGUCAGAACUCGGAGGCGCCUCUGUCCUUUCUGCGUCGGGGCUUGGAGGAGUCGUUGUACCAACAGUCUACGGCCAAGACCAAAUCCAGAACCGUCACCAUCAGGGAUGGUGCCAAUCUCCUGUCCCGAAGCAACUCGCACCGCUACCACCCGCAAAGCCAACGACACAGUCUUCCCGAGUUGACCAGCGAGUCCCUGUGCGGCCGGCUGGCUGAGAGUGGAGGCAAGAUCGAAAUACCUCUGCAGGGGCUGCGAAAUCCCGUGGAUUUGCGAUUCCAAGUGCAUGAGGUUGUGGAUGGGGACGGCCAUCACAAGUACUUCUUGCAGGUGUCCAACUCUCAGUCUCCAACUCGCGGCCCUUAUCGCGCUCAGUCCAGCUGCAAGGACUUCGAGCAUGCAGGAUGCCGCAGUCAGAGCCUUCUGUCGGUGAACGAGGAGCGACCACAGCAACCAGGUGAGGACGGCUUGGUACAGACCCACGAGGCAUCACAGGAUGAACCUCCGGUGAGUCUUCACAUUGAACGCCAGGAAUCAUAA